AUGCAGAGAGGCAAUUUCUCAGUGGUGACUGAAUUCAUCCUCGUGGGCUUCUCCAGCUUCCCCCACCUUCAGCUGAUGUUCUUCCUGCUGUUCCUGCUCAUGUACCUGUUCACGCUGCUGGGGAACCUGCUCAUCAUGGCCACUGUCAGGAGUGAGCGUGGCCUGCACAUGCCCAUGUACCUCUUUCUGUGCGCCCUGUCCAUCUCUGAGAUCCUCUACACCUUGGCCAUCACCCCGCACCUGCUGGCCGACCUGCUCUCCACCCGCCACGCCAUCACCUUUGUGGCUUGUGCCAGUCAGAUGUUCUUCUCCUUCACAUUUGGCUUCACCCACUCCUUCCUGCUCACAGUCAUGGGCUAUGACCGCUAUGUGGCCAUCUGCCACCCCUUGCGCUACAAUGUGCUCAUGAGCCCCCGUGGCUGCACCUGCCUGGUGGCCUGGUCUUGGGUUGGUGGCUCGGUCAUGGGGCUGAUGGUGACCAUGGCCGUUUUCCAUCUCACCUUCUGUGGACCCAAUGAGGUCCACCAUUUUGCUUGCCACGUGCCACCACUGUUGAAGCUGGCCUGUGGAACUGAUGUACCAAUAGUGGCCCUGGGUGUGGGUCUGGUAUGCAUCAGCACCCUGCUGGGCUGCUUUCUCCUCAUCCUCCUCUCUUAUGCCUUCAUCGUUACCACCAUCUUGAAGAUCCCCUCUGCUGAGGGUCAGCACAAAGCCUUCUCCACCUGUGCAUCCCAUCUCACUGUGGUGGUCGUGCACUAUGGCUUUGCUUCUGUCAUCUAUCUCAAGCCCAAGGCUUCCCAGUCUCUGGAAGGAGACACCCUGAUGGGCAUCACCUAUACAAUCCUCACACCCUUCCUCAGCCCCAUCAUCUUCAGUCUUAGGAAUAAGGAGCUGAAGAAUGCCAUAAAGAAGACCUUCUUCAGCACACUCUACCCAGAAAAAAUAUGA